CUUAGCUGCGGUUCAUUUCGUCCACCUCCCAUGAAGUUCCUCACUGGCAAGCUCGUUAUCCCAGCCUUCAAACAAUGGAUGCUAGAGUCAUUCGACCGGUUGGCUGCACCGGUAGCUUCAACACCAGUAGACACAAUCUGGGUCUCUGUCGUUGCGUAGUCUUCACCGCUCGUUACGUUGCCCACAAGACUUUUCUAGAAUCCGACUCUCUCAAAUCCGUCGUUGCAAGCGCCCUCGUCGCGGUUAUCAACCAACAUCCCAUGCUACGUGUCGGGAUUGCGGGCGAGGACACCAACAACCCUGUCUACGUCGAUUUGGAGUCCAUAGACCUUCAACGAGUCAUUGAAUGGAGAGAAGUGGAGUUUUUGGACGAUGAGGAAUACAACAACUACCUUAUACGCUCCAUUGAAUCUCAGCACGACAAACUUUGGGAAGAUCUCGUUCACCGACCUGGUUGGAAGAUCAUCGUACACCGUAAUAUUGGAGGAGCAGGAUUAGGAAUAGUCGACCUCGACAUCUCGUUUGCGUUUCAUCAUGCCAUUGGAGACGGCCAGAGUGCUCUCAUAUUCCAUCGCGACUUUUCGCGAGCUUUGAAUGGCGCUGCUACUACUGCUUCCCCAGACCUGGAGGGACACAUUCUUCAUUUCAGCUCAACAGCAAUCCUCCCAGGUCCUAUGGAAUCCAUCAUACCGUUUACCCUAUCGUGGAAUUACUUUCUCAAAGUCAUCCUAUCGGAACUGUGGAAGAACCUUGCCCCAUCUUGGUUCACCCCCAAACUAUCUACCAUCCCAUGGACAGGCGAACGAAUUACCCUGGAUCCGUACAAAACCAACAUUCGUCUCUUCCACAUUUCCCCCAAAAACGUCGGUACUCUUUUAACGGGGUGUAGAGAAAACGGUACAACGUUAACACCCCUCUUCCACGCCCUCACAGCCGCUUCUCUAUCCUCCCGUCUACCUAUCGCUGCUGCUGCCACUUUCCAGACAAGUACUCCCAUCUCCUUACGCCAAUUUACCAACGAAUCCGAAUUUGACCGGAAGAACACAAUGCAUUGCCUCGUUACAGACCACGAAUACGUUUUUGACCCUCAUCUCAUCUCUAAACUGCGUACCUUAAUGAACUCGAAGACCGAAUCUUCGACGGAGUCAGAAUCCUUGAUCUGGCAACUCGCAGUUGAUUUGAGAAGGAGUCUUAAAGGGAAAGUCGCCAGUUUACCCCAUGACGACCAACUAUCCCUCGUUCGAUACAUCUCUGAUUGGAAGCGGUUCUGGAUGGAUAAGAUUGGGGAAAGGAGAGAAGACAGUUGGUCGUGUUCAAACCCUGGAAGUUUGAAAGCCUCAGAUGUAGGAGGAGGACGUUGGCAGAUGAAGCGUAUGGUUUUCACACAGGGUGCUUUACCUAUGGGGUCUGCAUUUGAGAUCAACGUGGCUGGUGUGGAGAAUGAGGGUGUUUGGGUUACGGUUAGUUGGCAGGAAACGGUCGUUGAGACGUCUUUGAUGGAGUGUGUUGUUGAGGAUUUGCGGGGAUGGAUUGAUUCGUUUGGCGAGAAUGGGACAUUCUUCUGAUGUUGUCUAUCCGUCCAAGCAGGCGAGUCUUCUUUACUACUCAGUCUUUAACCGAUGCGCAAUAGAUACGUUAAAAGUAACCAUACAUUC